CUUCUAUUGCAUCAACCUGUAAUGAUCCUGGGACACCACAGAAUGGCACUAGAUACGGAGACAGCAGAGAGCCUGGAGACACUACCACCUUUCAGUGUGACCCUGGCUAUCAACUUCAAGGACAGGCUAAAAUUACAUGUGUGCAGCUGAAUAACCGAUUCUUCUGGCAACCUGAUCCUCCUAUGUGCAUAGCUGCAUGUGGAGGAAACCUGACAGGCCCAGCAGGAGUUAUUUUAUCUCCUAACUAUCCACAGCCUUAUCCUCCUGGGAAAGAAUGUGACUGGAGAAUAAAAGUAAACCCUGACUUUGUCAUUGCCUUGAUAUUCAAAAGUUUCAGUAUGGAACCCAGUUAUGAUUUUCUACAUAUUUAUGAAGGGGAGGAUUCCAACAGUCCUCUAAUUGGCAGUUUUCAAGGCUCACAGGCUCCUGAAAGAAUAGAGAGCAGUGGUAACAGUCUGUUUCUGGCUUUUCGCAGUGAUGCUUCUGUUGGAAUGUCAGGAUUUGCCAUUGAUUAUAAAGAAAAGCCACGGGAAGCUUGUUUUGAUCCUGGAAACAUCAUGAAUGGGACAAGAAUCGGAACAGACUUUAAGCUUGGUUCAACUAUCACUUACCAGUGUGAUUCUGGAUAUAAGAUUAUCGAUGCUUCAACUAUAACGUGUGUAAUUGGCGCAGAUGGAAAGCCAGCAUGGAACAGAGCGUUGCCAUCUUGUGACGCACCAUGUGGAGGGCAGUAUACUGGAUCAGAGGGAGUGGUUUUAUCACCAAGUUAUCCUCAUAAUUACACUGCUGGACAGACUUGCCAUUAUUCAAUAACUGUACCUAAAGAAUUUGUUGUAUUUGGACAAUUUGCCUAUUUUCAGACAGCUUUGAAUGAUGUGGCAGAAUUAUUUGAUGGAGAAAGCUCUCAGGCUAGACUUCUUAGUUCACUGUCUGGAUCCCACUCAGGAGAGACAUUGCCUUUGGCUACAUCUAAUCAAAUUCUUCUGCGAUUCAGUGCUAAGAGUGGGGCAUCAGCCAGGGGGUUCCACUUUGUUUACCAAGCUGUUCCACGCACAAGUGAUACGCAGUGUAGCUCAGUUCCAGAGCCUAGGUAUGGAAGGAGAAUCGGCUCCGAGUUUUCAGCAGGCUCUGUUGUUCGAUUUGAGUGUAGUCCUGGCUAUCUGCUACAAGGCUCAAAAGCUAUCCGAUGUCAGUCUGUGCCUAAUGCCUUAGCUCAGUGGAAUGACACAGUACCAACCUGUGUAGUGCCAUGCAGUGGGAAUUUUACUGAGCGGAGAGGUACUAUUCUUUCACCAGGUUACCCUGAACCUUAUGGUAACAGCUUGAAUUGUGUGUGGAAAAUCAUAGUGACUGAGGGAUCAGGUAUUCAGAUCCAGGUCAUCAGCUUUGCCACUGAACAUAAUUGGGACUCUCUUGAAAUAUAUGAUGGUGGAGAUAUGACAGCACCGCGUCUUGGGAGCUUUUCAGGUACAACUGUGCCAGCAUUGUUGAAUAGCACCUCCAAUCAACUUUACCUGCAUUUUCACUCUGACAUUAGUGUGGCAGCAGCGGGUUUUCACCUGGAAUACAAAACUGUGGGUCUUGCUGCCUGUCCAGAACCAGUAAUACCUAGCAAUGGGAUCAAAUCAGGAGAUAGAUAUAUGGUGAAUGAUGUUUUGUCAUUUCAGUGUGAGCCAGGAUAUACGUUACAGGGUCGUUCCCAUAUUUCUUGUAUGCCAGGGACAGUCCGACGCUGGAAUUAUCCAUCUCCUCUCUGCAUUGCUAAGUGUGGUGGAACACUGACAAACAUGGGUGGCGUGAUCCUGAGCCCAGGUUUUCCUGGAAAUUACCCUAGUAACUUAGACUGUACAUGGAAAAUUUUCUUGCCUAUUGGGUAUGGUGCACACAUUCAGUUUCUGAAUUUCUCCACUGAAGCAAAUCACGAUUUCCUUGAAAUUCAGAAUGGGCCUUACCACACCAGCUCUAUGAUCGGCCAGUUUAGUGGAAUGGAACUCCCAUCACCCUUGCUAAGUACUACUCAUGAAACACUUGUCCAUUUUUACAGUGAUCACUCAGAAAACAGGCAAGGAUUUAAGCUGACAUACCAAGCUUAUGAGUUACAGAACUGCCCUGAUCCUCCUCCUUUUUUGAAUGGAUACAUAGUCAACUCAGAUUACAGUGUGGGUCAGUCAGUAUCAUUUGAAUGCUACCCUGGAUAUGUUUUGAGGGGUCAGCCUGUUCUCACAUGCCAACAUGGAAUCAACAGAAAUUGGAACUAUCAUUUCCCCAGAUGCGAAGCUCCUUGUGGCUAUAAUGUAACUGCUCAGAAUGGUACAGUUUAUUCCCCAGGAUUUCCAGAUGAAUACCCAAAUUCCAAGGACUGUACUUGGUUAAUUACUGUACCUCCAGGCCAUGGGAUUUAUAUCAACUUUACUUUACUCCAAACUGAACCUGUGAAUGACUACAUUGCAGUUUGGGAUGGUCCUGACCAUAAUUCGCCUCAGCUGGGAGUUUUCAGUGGGAACACAGCUCUGGAAACAGCUUACAGUUCCACCAAUCAAGUCCUUCUCAAAUUUCACAGUGAUUUUUCAACAGGAGGAUUCUUUGUCCUGAAUUUUCAUGCAUAUCAGCUGAAGAAGUGCCAGCCUCCACCCACAGUUCCACAUGCAGAUUUGUUUAUAGAAGAUGAUGACUUUGAAAUAGGAGAUUUUGCGAAGUACAGAUGCAAUCCUGGUUUCACCCUUGUUGGACAAGAUAUAUUAACCUGCAAACUGAGUGCACGGUUGCAGUUUGAAGGAUCCUCUCCAUUUUGUGAAGCACAAUGUCCAGUGAAUGAAAUCCGUACAGAAUCAUCAGGAGUCAUCCUCAGUCCAGGUUACCCAGGCACCUAUCCCAACUCUCAGACCUGUUCUUGGACUAUAAAGGUUGAGCCAGGAUAUAACAUCUCCAUCUUUGUAGAAAUGUUUCAAAGUGAAAAGCAAUUUGAUGAGUUGGAAGUAUUUGAUGGUUCUUCUGGGCAAAGCCCUUUACUGGUGUCUUUGAGUGGAAAUCAUACUGGACAACUGAACUUUACAAGCAAAAUGAAUCAGCUGUAUCUUCGCUGGUCAACUGAUCAUGCAACCAGCAAGAAAGGAUUUAAGAUCCGUUACUCAGCUCCCUAUUGCAGCUUAAACAGUGUCUUGAGGAAUGGUGGAAUUGUAAAUAAAACAGGUGGUCCUGCUGGAAGUAAAGUUCGCUAUUACUGCAAACCUGGGUAUAGAAUGAUUGGUCACAACAAUUCGACAUGUAGGCGUCACCAAAAUGGCAUGUAUCAGUGGGAUUCUCCUGUGCCAAUCUGCCAAGCCGUAUCUUGUGGUAUUCCUGAAUCUCCUGGGAAUGGUUCAGUUAUAGGUAAUGAAUUCACUUUGGGCAGUAGAUUGAUAUAUGAAUGUAAUGAGGGCUUCAAGCUAGAAUCUACUCAACAAGCAACAGCAGUGUGUCAAGAAGAUGGAUUAUGGAGCAACAAAGGGAGGCUACCUGUUUGCAAAUCUGUAACUUGUCCCAGCAUAGAUACUCUGCUCUCAGAACAUGUUGUCUGGAGACUGAUUUCUGGGUCACUGAAUGAGUAUGGAGCUCAAGUCAUGCUCAGCUGCAGUCCUGGAUAUUAUUUAUUGGGUCAAAGACUCAUACAGUGCAGGACUAAUGGAACCUGGAGUGUAGGCAAUGAAAGGCCAAGUUGCAAGGUUAUCUCCUGUGGUGGUCUUCCAUCUCCACCAAAUGGAAAUAAGAUUGGAACCUUAACAGUAUAUGGAGCUACUGCAAUAUUCACCUGUAACACAGGAUACACAUUGGUUGGUUCUCACGUGAGAGAAUGCUUGGCAAACGGUCUCUGGAGUGGUACUGAAACUCAGUGCCUAGCUGGUCACUGUGGUUCUCCGGAUCCAAUUGUAAAUGGUCAUAUUAGUGGAGAUGGUUUCAGUUAUCGUGAUACCGUAGUCUACCAGUGUAACCCUGGCUUUCGACUUGUUGGUACAUCUGUCAGAAUUUGCCUACAGGAUCAUAGGUGGUCUGGACAAACUCCUGUCUGUGUCCCAAUCACAUGUGGACAUCCUGGGAAUCCAGCUCAUGGAAUGACUAAUGGCACUGAGUUCAAUUUAAAUGAUGUUGUAAAUUUUACUUGCAACACUGGAUACUUACUUCAGGGUGCUUCUCGAGCACAGUGCCGAAGCAAUGGGCAGUGGAGUAGCCCUUUACCCAACUGCCGAG